CCAGGAACAAGGCGCUGGGGAAGAGGCAGAGCAAAUGGAGCACCUCAGGAGAUUGUUUGCGAGAACCCUGGGUCUGUCCCAGGAACGUGAGACUGAGGAGGGAACUGCCCGUCCACAGCAGGUGUUGGACGAGGUUACUGUGGAAGGGAUCGCAAAAUACAUCACAGAUGGCAAAUGUAAAAACAUAAUUGUCCUCACUGGAGCAGGCAUAUCUACAUCUGCUGGUAUCCCUGAUUUCCGCAGUCCUGGCACAGGACUGUACGACAACCUGCAGAAAUACAACCUGCCCAAUCCUCAUGCCAUCUUUGAAAUUGGCUUCUUCAAGGAAAACCCAGAACCAUUCUUUGCUCUUGCAAAGGAACUUUACCCUGGGAAAUUUAAGCCAACCUGGUGUCACUAUUUCAUCAAGCUGCUGUCAGACAAAGGCCUUUUACUCAGGAAUUUUACCCAGAAUAUCGACACCUUGGAGCGAGUGGCAGGAGUGUCAGCAGGGGCGAUGGUGGAGGCUCAUGGGACAUUUUACACAGCACAUUGUCUAGGAGAGUGUAGGAAGGAGUAUACUCAAGAGUGGGUCAAAGAAAAGGUUUUCAAUGAUGAGGUCCCCAGAUGUCCUGACUGUGAUGGUGUGGUCAAGCCUGACAUAGUAUUCUUUGGAGAAGCCAUGCCAGCCAAGUUCUUCCCCAGUGUUUUAGCGGAUUUUCCUCGAUGUGACCUCCUCAUUGUGAUGGGAACGUCACUCCAGGUCCAACCUUUUGCAUCCCUAGUGGACAGGGUCCCAGAAACCUGUCCUAGGCUCUUAAUCAACAGAGAGAAGUGUGGGCAGGGGUAUGGAAAAUUGAGAUAUGGGUCCUUCACCCACCGGCUGCUUGCUGCUAUGAUUAAACCUGAGCUGCCUGAUGUGGAGCUCGGCAUCAGCCCCUCACCGGUCGACCCUAUCAUGAGGAUGUUGGGAUUUGGUGGAGGAAUGGAAUUUGACUCAGAAAACAAUUACAGGGAUGUUGCUUGGCUGGGAGAUUGUGAUGAAGGUUGUAAAGCUCUGGCUGAGCUACUUGGAUGGAAGGAGCAGCUAGAAGAGCUGGUUCACAGGGAACACACCAGGAUCGAGGCACAGAUUGAAGAAGACAAGAAAACUGCAGCCAAGAGGGUCCCAGGUGAGGGUCAGGCUGCAGCUGCUGCAGGAGGCUGUGCUGAGGGGGCCUCUGCAGCCAGCACAGAUAGCAGCAGGCAAGAGUCUUCUGCAGUCGCUGCUGACAGCUGUCAAAAGGUGGCUGCUACAACGGAAACCACCAAGGAACAGAAACAGGACAUUCCCCAAGCUGAUGUCGCUCCAACUUCUGACACAGAUGGUGCAGAAACAAAGAGUAGUGGGGAGAAAGGUGAUCAAGAAACCAGUGAGAAGGGUUCCUCCAACCUCUAGCAUGUUCCUUAUAGCCUUACCAUAAGAAAAUAUACUACCGUAGCAGCAUCCAACAUAAUUUAGUCUGUUCUGGUCCAAAUUUUCACCCAGCAUCAAGAGUUUGGCACUUUGACACAUGUCACUUAAAAAAACAUUAUUCCACAAGUAUAUUACCUAGCACCAGGGUGCAUCAAAUGGUAUGUGUAUCUGCUGCUGUAUGUUAAACUUUGCAUUCUAUCUACUGCUAUGCAGUAAGUUUCGUGUAUGAAAGAAAGAGUAUUAUAAAGAAGUUUAACUUUGAAAUGUUCUAGUUAUAUAAGUAACAUUUUGAAGUUGCUGGGGAUGCAUGAAAGCCUCUGACAGCCCAUGCAACUGUAAUUAUAUAUCUCAUCAGGUGGUUUUUGGCAUUUGGGUUUGAAAUCACUCCUUAAUUAGAUGGCAUUAAAUCCACUCUAGUCCUACUGUGUUUGUUAUUACCAUAACUGUCUUUUUAAAAGCAACUGACAGACAAUAUUACUAAGUACCUGUAAGGAUAUAUUUGAUCCGUUAAAAUUCUGUGCCUGAAAAAUGUAGAACACAUAUUGUGUGAAAUGGUUUGUGUUAUCAGUUGGGUACUUCAUGUUAGAAGCUUCUGCAACUGAUUACUAUUGCUGUCUGCUGUCUUGGUAGCUGGAUCCUUCUAUUCAAAUGUUAUUGAAAGUUUAUGGUUUCAUGUUCUGUCAACAAGUUUUUUCCAUCAUACAAAAUUCUGUUUCUUCUGCAUUAAGAAAUACUUUGGCAUGCUAAAAUGUACAUGAAAAAAACCUUCUGGAGCAAAGACUUCAAAUACCAAAUUUUUAUAUCAUGAUCAUUACGACAAGUACGAUAUCAACAGUUACUGCUCUUCCAGAUUUCGCAAAAGACAAGUAAAUAAGCUAGUUUAAAAAGUCUUUCUAGUCUAUAUAAUAGCAUAUGUUUCAUAAUAACCUAACCCAAGGCAACACCUGGUCCAGUCAAAUGUCUUGGUUCUCAGAUUUUGGCAGGAAAGUAAUGGCACUGGUAGGCAAAAUAAGAAUUAGAAAAGGAACGACAAUACGGUGAAUGACUCUAUUGCUGCAGAAGAUGCUACACAGGCUAGUAAACAUUUAAAACAUGGAUUUUCAACAACUUAUGCUUUGAUGAAUGGAAAAACUGUAACUUGGAAGGAUUUUCUACUACUUGUUUUUUGUUGUUGUUUCUUUUCAAAUCAGAAAAACAUGAAGUGUGAGAACCAAGAGAUUUCAUUGGGUGGUAACUAGAUACACCUCAGCUUCUGAGCACAAUAUCACUUAACACUGUCAUACACACUGGAAGUGUUUACCUUUUGGCACUGUAACGUUGCUCGUUUCAUCUACCUUCGAAAAGCUGAUAUACAUUCAUAUUAGUGAUUGAUAUUACAUUCUGCAUAAAACAUGAACACACAUUUCUUAUGGAUAUUUCAACACAUUUUGUACCACUUAGCACAUUCUAACUGUUGCUAUACAGACAGUAUCAAAUUUCCUAUGUGUUCUAUUCAUUUUUAAUAUUUUUGUGUGUAACAUUAAAAGUGGACAA